AUGCCACACGACGAAAGGCGUCUGGGUGCCAACUCGGAUCCCGCCACGCAGGAGUUCCAGGGCGAUGUCAAAGUCAGUACAGCGCUACCAUCCGAGUCGACCUUGGAAAGAAUUGCAGACCUACCAGUCUUCGAUGUCGAUGGGAAGACCGUGUCAUUCAAAAGCCUAUACUGGUCCAACGGUAACGAGAGCAAGAAGGUCAUGAUCAUCUUCAUCCGUCAUUUCUUCUGUGGGAACUGCCAGGAGUAUCUGCGCACUCUUGCUGCAGCCAUUCCUCCUUCUUCUCUGCCCCAAGAUACAUCAAUCCGAAUCAUUGGCUGUGGCUCGCAUACCCUGAUUCCAUCAUACAUCGAACAGACACAAUGUCCGUACCCGAUCUUUGCUGACCCGUCGAAGAGGCUGUACAGCCUACUUGGUAUGGCGAGGACGUUGAGCUUGGGCAACAAAGAUCCUGAUUAUAUACGCCACACGCUGGUGUCAGGAGUGGUGAAGAGUAUUGCUCAAGGUUUGAAGAGGAUAGGUAGUGGUGACGUGCUGCAAGCUGGCGAUUUGAAGCAAGUAGGUGGUGAGUUUCUGUUCGAGGUCACUGGCGGAGGUACGUCGCUCACAAAUUCCAAAACGGGCAACGGGGCACUGCAGCAAGCAGAGGUGACGUGGUGUCAUCGCAUGAAGAACACACGAGAUCACGCAGAGUUGCCAGUUCUGAAACAGGUACUCGAUUUGGGAAAUGCCAAGGGAGAUGACCGAAGGCGAAGGUCCGAGGCCAGCUGGCGCACCUCUGGCCUGGCAAGGAGCCUGUCAAGCAAGAGGCAAAGCCUGAGUUGGUCGCAAACCAGGAGGCGCAGCAGAAGUACAGGACGGAAGUCCAGCCACGAUCCUAAGCACAUUCAUAUGGUCAAUGAAGAAGCAAGGAGUGGGGAUGGCCAGACGGCAUGCGGUCACAAGCCUUGA